CGUUGCGUGAGCUGUUGGAAAGGAGAGGAGGGGGGAGUUAACCCGUUCGAAGAUCGUCGGAACCGCGUAACGGGAGGUCUUUGCCCACACCGCGCCUUGUGAACUUACACGGUGGAGUCCCCUACAGCACGGUCCGUUCCCCCAUCAACAUCCUCGUGGUUCCGUAUCGUGCGUGUGUGCUGAUCGUUUGUGUAAUUCGCGAAUAUUAUGUAAACAUUUCCCUUAUCACCGUUCCCAGUUCUGUGCGUGUGCCUUGGUGUGUGCAACUAUCGAUUUCGGGAACCAAAGGUAUCCCGGCGGCGCAUUCCAGUUUCGUGUGAUAAUCCGGUUGGUGCAUCUUGGGGUGCCCGCUUAUCGUCUUCUCGCUCGUUCGCUAGCCGUCUUCGCUUAGCUCCAUCGCGCCCUCAUCCCCCAGAUCAAAUCUAACGGGAUUGCUGGGCUUCUAGUACCGUGGAGUUGAGAUUCCAGCAUCAUUAAACGACUAGCAACCGUUCAGUUAGUAACACGGAAUCCCUGCGCAAGGUGGCUUCACCAAGAAUUCCCAAGUGCGCUGGUUCGAGUUCGUGCCAGAGCAAAGACAAGAUUGCAUGAUCAGUAACAGCAGCAACAGUAGAAGGAGGUGCACAGCAAAAAACGUGACGACGACGACUUUCACCUCCCGGCAGCAGUGGAACGGCACGAAUUGAGUGAAUUGCACGGCGAGACCCUUCCACCCCGCCACUAUCCACGUUUACUGUGGCCACAUGUGCGGUGACCUAAGAUCGCACCGAUUCGUGACCAUUACACAAUCCUUUUCGGUGGCCAAACGGUGACGAACGAGGCGACGGUGCUGUACUAGCACAGGGACCAAUACCUUUCGGCAAAAGUUUUUGUCAAAGGUUCGUGGACAGAGUGAAAAUCGGGACCGAUCUGUGAUCCAAUUGUGAACUUGCUCAGCUACGAACUGGUAUUCUGUGAAACAUACACUGCCUCUGCUCUGCACUGCCACCAUGAGUACCACCGAGGAGGAUCGCGCCAAGAAGACGAUCCGCGUAGGAUCGCGUAAAAGUGAGCUGGCCCUCACUCAAACCAAGCACGUCAUUGCCCAGCUCCAGAAGCUCAAUCCGGAUGUGGUGUACGAGAUACAUACUAUGACCACGGUCGGUGACCGGGUGCUAAACAAAUCGCUGCCAAAGAUCGGCGAAAAAUCGCUCUUCACCAAGGACCUCGAGGAUGCGCUCCGUACCGGAGGUGUCGAUUUCGUUGUCCACUCGCUCAAGGAUCUACCGACCGCGCUGCCGGUAGGGAUGGCGAUCGGGGCCGUACUCGAACGGGAAGAUCCUCGAGAUGCGCUCGUCCUGAACGAACGUCACCGCGGUAGCACGUUAGCGAGUCUUCCGCGAGGCUCCCUCAUCGGCACCUCGUCCUUGCGCCGUUCGGCACAGCUGGCCCGGUACUAUCGUCACCUGAACGUUUGUGACAUCCGCGGCAAUCUCAAUACGCGCCUCGCCAAGCUCGAUGCCGAUGCGUCCAAGUUUGCUGGCAUCAUAUUGGCGCAGGCUGGACUCGUGCGGAUGGGCUGGAACGAGCGGAUCGAUCAGGUGAUCGAACCCAGCGAAAUCCUGUAUGCCGUCGGUCAGGGCGCACUGGCCGUAGAGUGUCGCUCAAACGAUGAGUACAUUCUGGGCAUGCUGGCCAAACUGUGCCAUCUAGAGACGCAGUGCCGCAUUCUGACCGAGCGUAGCUUCCUUCGGACGCUCGGUGGUGGCUGCAGUGCACCGGUAGCCGUUCGAACGGAAUUAAAGCGGCAGGCCGAUAGCGAUAGCAGCAACAACAACAGCAGCAACGUUCAACGUAAGCGCUCUUCGGUCGAUACCGAACAAGGCACAUUCCAGCUGCAGGUCGAAGGUGCCGUUUGGAGUCUCGAUGGUAAAACAGAGAUCAGAACGAGCGGCGAGUGUACGCUUGACCUAAGUGCGGCUGACCACAAGUGUGUGAUCGACACUACGCCACCGAAGAAGAAGGCAAAGGUGAACGACGAAGAUAACGGUGCCGAUGGCGGCGGUGGUGAUCAUCAUGCGAACGAUGGAAAUGGAGCCGCGCCAUCGGACACUACCAAACCACUCAUUACCGGGUGUCCCAUCGAUCACGAGCAGUUGCAGGGCAAACGCAAGAGUCCGGAAAUCAUACGCGACACCGAUGUGCUGCUGCCAGGCUGUUCGAAAGAUGGUUCUCGGUUAAAUUUGAGCAAAUUCAUCGACAUUCACGGUGAGCUUUUCAAAAAGUGUCCGUACUCCUCGGAACUGACCAAGAUCGUGACGGAGGCGCGGAAGUCGACCUCAGCGGAUGGAAACGGAGUGGACGACGAGCUGCAGGGCAACACGGUUAUCGAGACAAACGCCAAGAAGGAUGAUGGGGAACUUUGUCCUAGCACACACUUCCCGGUCGGACAGGAAGUGAUGGGUGACUGUCCAUUCGUGAGCACCGAGGAAAAGGUGGACUUACUGCUGGCCGGCGCUAUGGCCGGUUGUCCAAUGGCAGCGAAGACAAAGCCAACGAAGGAUGCUGAAACGAGACCGGAUUUGAAGCCAACCAACGACGGUAAUGGAGAUCGUAGGCACGAUGGAACCACCGAGGGGAACAAGUCGAUUCUGCCCCCGACCGACAAGUGUCCCUUCCUCGCCGCCAAGGUGCUCGAUUACAACGAAAAUCUCGACAGGCGACAGCUCGGUCCGGAGCCAAAACUGGAGGACAACAGCGAGCAGCUGUUCUGUGGUAUGCACCGGCAUGCCUUCAUUGAGCUAACCGUUUUCGAACGGUGCGAAAAGCUUGGUUACGAUCUGGCCCACGACCUGAUCGCGAAGGGUGCGUUGGCCGUAAUGAAAUGUGCCCAGAACGAGAUACACUCGAAGGUGGGCACAUCCUAGAGGUGCCUUGGUGCUACCGGCUUUGUGUUAGGUCUUUACGAGGAAGUAAGUUGGCUAACGGUGCUUAUACGUUUCUACUUACCCUCUACCAGUUGUUUUGUUAUACCGAGGUCAACGGAUUUUGAACGCAUCGGCAGAUGGGUUCGAAGUUUUGCAAUAAAUCAAUGUUAGAAAAUUGUGAUUAGUGAACCCGUCCCACCCCUAUUGCUAAUUUUGUCUCAAUGAAAGAAAGCAAAGCAACGCGACUCUAAGGAUGGGAUUUUACAUAUUAAUACAUUUAUCAGCGAUUACUUCUACGACACAUCUAUACGAAGAGAAUACUAAGUAAACGACGAUCUAGCGAUCGUCCAGCAGCGCUAGUAGAAUGGUUUGAGAUCACUAGGGUAUAG